AUGACCAAUCUUCCCCGAGCGUUCGUAUUGGGCAUGUACGAGUGGUACUGGCGCUCCAGCGGCGUGCCCGAGAUCUUGCACCGUAGCCUUCGAAAGCUCGUACACACGGCCCGAAUCUCCAACAUCGUCUGUAUAGGUCUGGGGACUCUGGAUGCUCCAGAUAUUGCGCAAGCUCGCUCGUUAGUGCAUCAUAUGAUUGCUUCUUAUAUCGCUUACGAUCUCGACCAUUUAUAUGAAGCAGAAGGCAUACCGCUCGAAAAGCCCAUCAAAAUUGUUGCGCAAGACCCUGCUUACACCUCCCUCGACCGCAUAACGCUCCAUUCGCUACCAAAACCGAUUGAGGUAGUGAGCGAUCCUCAAGGCUUCCUGGCCAUCAACGAAGGCUCCCUUGUGUUUUCGAGCUGGCCUUCAGUUCCAGUCAAACAACUCAUAGCCGAUCUUGCGACUGAGCUACCGGAUGGCAAAGGCCCUGCUGCCCUAUUCCUGAACAACGACCGUAAGGACAAAGAAUUUGGCGACGUGGAUGUGGCCAGGUACGAUCUUCGUCAUUAUGGCCCGGUGCGUCACAUCAACGCGGAAACAAAGGCGUACGUGGAGAUGCUUGAGUCCUAUACACGGGUCUUCGAUGGUGAACAACAGUUUGGUAUUGAUUUCGCGGGUAAAUUACCAGGUUUUGAGUGGUUCCCGGAUAUGGACAUUUGGGGUCGUGGAGAGUAG